AUGGGCCGCUUUAACGACCGCCCCGAUCUGCCCGCCUCAUCUUCGCAUUCUUUACACACUCUCGACCCUGACGAGAUCAACGACAUCAACGACGACGAGCAACCCCCUCCUUAUACCGACGACCCCGAUCUUGCCCCGUCACAGAGCACCUCCUUCCAAGCCCCAUCCCAGAAUGGCCGCUUCAGUCGUCCACUCGUCCUGGUCGACAGCGCCUAUGUCCUCCCCGGCGCGACCGAGAGCAAAGCAGAAGACAAGCGCGCUGCAACCACCUCGGCAAUCCUCUCGCAAGAUGCCGGCGUCCUCUAUCGUGCUAUUCGACGCCAGAUGAAACUGCCCCCGCGACCGAUCCUCUCCAUCACCGGCAGCCACACCGAGUCGAGCAAAGACAGCAAUAACAAGAAGACCACCAACAGCGUGACGGACUUUGAAUUUCAACUAGACUUGGCUGAGACAAUGCUCACCGGAUGGGAGGGAAUUUCAGCAGAUGGUUAUGUAAAUUGGUUCAGCGCCUACGUGAAUAAGGACGACGACGACAUCCUUGCCCAUCGGGGUGGUAGACUUCGCUCGAAGGUCUACAAGGCUCCGCAGCCCAAGAAACAUGGUGCAAUUGCAUUGGAUGAUGAAAGUGAUGCUCGUCUUAUUGGACCUGACGCCGAGACCGACACGAUCGAGGAACUCGACCCCCGCGACCGAGAUCAUUAUAUUCUAAAACACAUUGAUAACGAUUUGAAAAUGUGGUGUGAACGAUACUGUGCUGAUCCAGCCCCGGUCAAAUCAUUUUCCCUGCAUCGCCAUCUUCAAGCCUUCAGCACCAAAACCAUCCGCAACGCCCUCGACACCCACAUCCGAGACCUAAACUACCAAGGCUCAAUCUCCUUCAAGCAACACUCAGCACACGGAACCGUAACAAUCUACUCCCCACACUGGAUCAACAGAUUCCGCCUCAACCGCUACAUCUGGUGGACAAUCGUCAUUCUCCAAUUAUGGAUAAUCACCUGGCCAAUAAUCUGGCUAAUGGAAAAACGAUACGAAGUCGCCCAAACUCACUGGAAUGCCUCCCUGGAAGCAGACGCCACGACCGGCCUGGCAAAAUGCUACGCCCAGGGCCGAGAUGAGUCCCAGCUAGCGCAGUUCUGGGCCCCUGCUGUCAAACAUGCAGCGUGGACUAGACGGAAGGGUGAUAAUGGUCUCCUUACGAGGAUCGAUGCGGAACGUUUGCAGGGUAUGACUACCGAUCAGCUUCUUGGCUUAAGAGAUAGUCCUUCUGAGUCCGAGUGUGAGCGGCGGGCUCGUGUUGAUCGUGGUGAGGGUGGGUUUGUUGAUGGGAUUAUUGGUUUGGCUCGUGGUGUUUCGGAGAUGUCUCAGGAUUAUCGUCUGCGGAUGGGAUGGGGUGGGAAUCGUUAA